AUGUAUGCUUUUACCAGACAGCGUAACUUCAUUACAUCAGAAGAACUAACUCCUAUAUUUAAUGAGGUAUCUCUGGUAUUCCCUGAUAGAAGAAAUAAAACAGAAGAAUGGUCUCAAUUACACAACCAUUUAGCAGCAGAAGCAUUAAGAUUAGAAAAGGGUAAUGACAGGAAUGUAGUUGUCGAAUUACUUGCAUAUAUCUCAGAAUUUGACGAUAAAGAACAAAUUUCUUUAAUUCAGGAAUAUCUUGCUCAAGGUAUCGGAUUAUAUCAUCCUUUGUGGAUGGCUAGCGCAGCUCUAGCUUACGAAAGAAAUUCUAAAUAUAUUACGUCAAUCCAUAUAUUCGAAACUUAUCAAUCUGAAAAUGAAAGAAACGAAUUUUUCGAAAAAUGCUACGAAAAUUUCAAAACAAGACUGAAAAAUCUUUUAACAUCAAAGAAAUAUGUCAGUUUAGGUUCAUUAAAUGCUAAAAAAUACGAAUUCAACAAAAAUGGAAUUGUGUGUACUUUUGAAGAAAAUGAAUCACCAGCACCUCCAGAUAUUGAUAUAUUUAAGAUAGUUGAUUAUACUCCUGCCAAGCAAACAUCUUCAUUAAUUCUUCCUGGUUCAAAAUUAAACUCAAUUUCUACUAUUACACCAUCGUUGGAACCUGGAAGGUCAAUUCUUGGUUCUAGAAAGGAUAUUAGAUCAUCACUCAAUAAGCCUUCUCCAAUGAUGUUCUUUAAUGAUGAACCUGAAAAUGAGAUAUCGAUUCCAAAGCAAAUCAGUCCACUUCAACCAAGCCCACAGCCAUCUGUUACAAGACGCAGUGAUAAUGAUUAUGAUGAUGGCGCAACAGAAGUUCAACCAAGAGAAUCAUUCUUCGAAAGUAAACCAAUCAAAAGGAAUUUCGAUGAUGACGAGGAAGAACAUAAACCCAUUACUUCUAGAUUCACAAUUGGCAACGACGAUGAAACGGAAGAAAGAAUUCCAAUUGUUUCCAAAUUCUCUAAGAAAACAGAGAGUCGCGGUGUUGGUCUUUUGCAACAGCGUCGUUCAAUUCUCAGUAGAUUUGAAGAUACAACUGAAGAUCAGCCAAAACAAAUUAAAUCAAGGUUUGGAAGCAGAGAUAUAAAUACUACAAACACAUCUAUACUAUCACUUCCAAAGAGACAAAAGAAUCAGGAUAGCGCACGUAAGCCAGCUUUCAGAUUUCCAGAUGAUUCUGAUGAUGAACCUUUGCCACCACCAGAAAAGAAAGUUUCUAUACUCAAAAGAACCCAAGAAAUCGAUGAUGAAGAUCCAGAAACAUUCUCAAGGCCGAUCAAACCUAAAAAAGAAAAUUCAUCUUUCAGACAGUCUCCAAGGGUUGAGGAUGAGCCAACCUUCGAUGCUCCAAGGCCAUUCGACAACACAAUACAGCCACGUUCAAUCAUGAAGAAGAGAAAUCCAUUGCCAUCUUCAAAUGAAGAAGUUUCUCAACAUGUUCAAAUGAGGUUCGAUGACGACUCAUCAUUUGGAGUACAACCUAGAAAAGGAACUCCAACGACAAAGAUAGAAAAGCCAAGUGCUGAACGUUAUGGAUUAACUAAAAUUAAAUCAAUGGGAGCUAAUUCUUCACUCUAUCAAGAUGCAGAUGGCAAUUCAUUUGUUGUUAAACCACUUCCAACAAACUUUACAGUUAUUGCUGACUUCGAACCAUCAUUUAACUCAUUAUUCUUGAUGCCUAUCAAAAUUUAUGAUGGAAUUUUUGUCACAAAUUAUUUGAAUGAUGGGGAUUUAGCUCUAUUCCUUUCAAAACUUUCAGAAUUGAAGUUUUCGAAGCAUCAAAUCGCAUUCUUUGUCAUUUUGCAGCUUGUUCGCAUUAUUAGUACUCUAAAUGAGCAGAGUCUUUCACAUGGAAACCUAACAACGAAGUCUUUCCUUGUUCGCGCUCCUUCAGUCGAAUUACAUCAAUUUGACGAUGGAGAAGAUUGGCAGAACACAGGAUUUUGCCUUGCAGAAGUUGACAAACUUAGACCUGCAGAUGAUAAUGGUGUAAUGAAAGAUAGAACGUUUGUUUGUAGUAUUUUAUACGAAAUAGCUUAUGGAAAACCAAUGUCUGGAUUAGAACACCCUGUUCCUAAGAGGUGGCCAGCAGACCUCUGGAAUAAUUCAUUCCAAAUACUGCUUAGCGACACUCCUCUUAAUGGAUUGGCUGAUCAAAUUAGAAAUUACUUGUGCGAUACUCAGAACUGCCAAUCUGUGAAAUCGUUGUUUACUAGAUUAAUUAUUAAUAUGAAAGCUUAA